AUGGCUGUCAAGUUCGCUAAGCUCCUGACCAAGAUUGACAUGCGAUCUGGUAAAGAGCUUGAGAAAAAGCCCAAGUUCUUGAAGAACGAUGAUGCAGGGCUUGUUAAGAUGAUUCCCACCAAGCCCAUAGUUGUUGAGACUUUCUCCGAGUAUCCUCCACUUGGUCGAUUUGCUGUGAGGGACAUGCGCCAGACUGUGACCGUGGGAGUCAUCAAGAAUGUGGAUAAGAAGGAUCUUACUAGAGCCAAGGUCACCAAGUCUGCAGCCAAGAAAGGCAAAUGA